AGUUCCACGCCUAAGCUGCGACUAGCUAGGAAUGUAGCCUAGCCCAAGAGAGACAAGAAGUUAGCGAUGGCUGCUAUUACAGUGAGCUACUUCGGUGAAGAGAAGCGGAUACCAUUGUCAGUAAUACCGAGUCUAGAACUAAGCGACGACCAAGUCCACACAGCUGAGCUAGAACUACAUCAACAGUUGAGAAUUCUGUUUAAAGUUCCUUCAGAUGUAUUGUUUUAUCUCCAUGAAGCUGAGACUUCUCGAGUCAUGUCCAGAGAAACGUUUAGAGAGUACAGCAGAUCCUUCCCCAGUCACUGGUACCUGGUGAAUAGCCGUGGUGAGAGGGACGAGCCUGGUCACACUGGUAACGGACUACCAGCCGCGACGAGCGAUGAUGACCUCAUGACAGGACUGGCCACGCCCCCUGAGUUGACCACACCCCCUAGUGACGAUUCAUCUGAGACCUUCAACGAGACUGAACCGGAUGAUGAUGAUAUACCGCAAUUAGCUGAUCUGACAGCUUUAUCAGAGGAGAGCUACUCCACCGUUACCGUGGUAGCAGACAAGGAGGGAGCGUUUGGAAUCUCCCUACGUCACUUCACCAUCCAAUCAGAUUCCAAUCAGUGUCCAGACACGCCCCCGGAGGACUUUGAUCGGUCUAACUCACGGCUCAGUACUGACUCACUUGAACUAAAGCUCUCUACAACGUUCAUACUGCGUGUGACGAGAGGGGGGAGUGGUGAGGAGGCGGGGCUAGAGGUGGGUCACAUGGUACACAUGAUCAAUGGGGUCAAGAUCAUCAGCAGCUCUGUCCAAGAAAUACAACGAACUGUUGGACAAUGUGAUCAUGAAGUAACUCUAUUGACUCUACCAAAGGAACACGAUGAUCUCCAGUUUCUGUACCCUCGCUACACUUACGGACCUUCUGGGGAGUACUCUACAAAAGAUGGUCAAGUGACGGCUACCGACAUCAAGGUUGUAUGUGGCAAGGGGUCAAAGGUCAGCUCCAAGCAUAAGCCCACCCCCAGUCAUGUGAUACCCCCACCAACUGGAAUGAUGGUCUUCAAUGAUACUGACUAUGCAUCACAAGAUAACUCACAGUCAUGUGAUCCACGGCAAAUAUCACGUGACGAUGUCCUCGUAGAGGGUUCACUACUGGACAUAGAGACUCACACUAGCCACGCCCCCAGGAGACAAGGGGGUGUGGUCAAGAGGAUGCCUAGAACAAGGAUCAGCAGUGCAGAGCCCCACCCACCUAACACACUCUCCAGCGAAUGGUACAAUGAUUCUGAUGAUUUCUCGCUAGGUCAAGAGAACGUAUCCGCUAGCAACCAGAUCGUCGUGGAGACAAGUACGAGCGACUCAAACUUCCUCUCUGGUGUCCGCCCACUCGCAAUCAAAGUGCGUACACGAUCUAACUCCUCCCUCGAGACUAGGGCCAACACGUUCGGAUCUCAGGGCACUUCGUCUCCCUCGGAGAGUCUGAGUAGUAGAGCUCCUCCUCUCACUAGUUCCAUGUCUGCACUCGACACCCUCGGUCGUAACCAAGGCAACUACAAGGACAGAGCACGCUCUACAGACCUUGGGCGAAUCAAAAUCAAGAAAACAGGAAACAAGAGUUUAGAAGGCCUCACAAGAAUAGCAUCAGACAGUCUACAGCAACGCAUAUCCAUUCGACCUCUCAAAGAGGUCAAAACCAAGGCACCCAUAAUGUCCCAGACCAGCCGCACUUCCAUGGAGAGCACUAGUUCACUGCGGACAACAGAGCCGGUGGAGACUAAACCCAACAAGAAGUCGUCACGAGGCUAUCAGAAGUUACGUAGGGAACUGCACUCGAGGUCAAGGUCAAAGGUCGCUCUAGGGGAGGCAGAUAGUGUGGAUAAUGACGUGGGUGGGCAUGGAUAUCAAAGUCAAAGGUCACAGUCUACCUACCAGAGUCAAAGGUCACUGUCUACAUCGCAGGAAACUGAGAUUCCGUCAGCUCCACUCGCAUUCAAAACUGUUAGUGACAAUCUGACCUCUGACCCUGCCACGCCCCCUACACAAGUGGGGUCCCAACAACUAGCCUUGAGUGACCCAAGGGCCGGGUUGCUACGACAACCUGUUAAGGAAAGCCCCAGUAGCCGGCCACGAUACAAUCGACCAAUGAGUGCAAUAGAACAUGCUCAAGUGAGCAGCAGUAGCCUACAAGUACCAUUCAGUACAUUUAGUACUGAGCCUCAUAAGAAGAUGCCUAUCUACAAGACACGCUCCAUUGGGGACCAAGUCUUCAGGGAAGUGAAUAUUGAGGAGGCCAUAGCAGCGUCACAGACAGACAGCUCGUCACAGGGCGAUCGCUGGAGGGUGGGUGGGCGGAGUCAGAGUAUUGACGUGCCUCAUUUGCUGGACACCAAUAAGAAGAAAAGCAAGCGCCUGUUUGGCAGGAAGCAGCAGCAUAGCAGUGUGGACCUACUGGAUGAGACACCAGAGAUCAGCAGACCUCUAGCAAUGAGCUCUGCACUCCAUCGACUCUCCUCUGAGAUAUUGAGUACAUUGGGUAUAUCAUCACCUACAAACACACAGCAAGAGUACACAGAGUCUACUAAUAAUAUCCAGUGUCACGGUGUGCUGACUAGGAAACAAGAUUUAUUGGACUCUGGGAAAAGAGCAAAUGAUCGUAACUGGCGCUCGUACUACGCUGUCCUGGCGUCCAAUCAGAUCUCCUUCUAUAGAGAUAGGAAGGAAGCACGAUUGAGGACCUCCUGUGAUGAAGCGCCUAUAGACGUGGUCCCAAGCAAAACAGACUAUGCUCGGAACUACAACAAAAAAAAAUUUGUUUUUAAAGUUGUCACUGAUCAUGGAGCUGUCUACCUACUGCAGGCUUCAGAUGCUCCUAGUCUGGAGAAAUGGGUUCGUACCAUCCAAGACUUGAAUGGUGGUCCACCCACCCCACCGCCUUCUGAGGGGGGCACUCUGUUACGCUCCUCUGAGGGGAAACUAGGUCCCCCCUCCCCCUCACCACACCGACGUGCCCACAGCCCUGUCAAGAGGAGGAAAGACGAGGGCCACGGUGGUAGUAGGGGGAUAUUGGACAAGAUCAAGAAGUAUCGAGUCCAAAGAGGACGUACUAAAGAUGAGCCAGAUUUCUCCAGUUUCAUUACAUUUGGUCAACCACUUGAGGACUGUCCAGUGUCACUGGAGAACAAGAGAGUGCCCCUCGUGGUGGAGUACUGUGUGAGGAUGAUCCAGGAGCAAGGACUUGAUGUGGAGGGCAUCUAUCGUAAACCAGGACAUACCACGAUGAUCAAGCACCUCAGCUCUGAGAUGGACAAGGGGGUAUAUGAGUUCACCCAGGAGCAGAUUGGUGAUGUGCACACAGUGGCUUCUCUGUGUAAGAAGUUCCUGAAGGAGUUACCUGACCCCAUGAUACCCGAGGCUGUGCAUGAAGACUUCCUGACCUGUGCUCGUAUGACAGAUGAGACUGACAGACUGACAAGACUACAUGAGCUAGUCUACAACCUGCCCACAGCUCACUAUCACACACUCAAGUUCCUCAUGCGCCAUUUAAUGACUGUGGCUGAGCAGAGUGAAGGGAACAAAAUGUCAUUUCGUAACGUUGCUCUUGUGUUUGGGCCGACCCUGGUGAGGGGAGCAGCACAAGACAUGCUAACUAGCAUGAACGAGAGCUACACUAUUGUUGAGGCUCUGUGCAGACAUGUGGAGCACUUGUUUGCCAGUGAUCUGUGUGCUGAGGAACAAGGUGCGGACCCUGAAGGGGGUGUGGUCAGCGAUGGGGAGGAGGGUGUGGUCAGAGGAUCUCCUGCCCUCAGGCAUAAGGAAAUAGACCAUCGACACCAGAAAAAUGUGGCCCUAGCGUCUGCUUCCCCACAAUCUCUUCGGAGGAUCAAGAACAACCUCUCGAGUAGCGAAACCUUCCAAAUACGAUCAACUGAACCCAACCGUAACUCUAUGAUUGCCAUCAACGGUACCUUACCACCGAAACAGCCGAAACAGACCAAUUGGGAGACUAGCGGAGCACAUCAAAGAGUAGCUAAUCAAUCAGUAGACUCUGGAGUCAGCUCUCCGGGGGACCACCAGCGCAGUCCUGAUGGAGACCAAACUAGAUCACGGAAAUCACGCCAUGUAUAUGAGGACGUUGAGAGAAGUCGACCACCUGUACGACACAAUUAUGAAGAUGUUGAGAUAUUAACUGCACCGCGUGUGACAAACUCACGAACCUCUAAUUGGGUGAAUACACACAGUGAGAUUGGGUGGGGCAAGAAAGAGGGGUCUGGUAGAGAGGGCUCUGGUAGCAUGUGGGCACCACAGAACAGGACAAGGCGUGCUCCACAGAGACAGGAAAGCUUUGAGAGAGAACGGGAUCUCACACGGACCUAUCAUGCUCCAACUAGCAGUCGAUCGUAUUCCCAACGUCCCAGAGCUAGCAAUACGCUACCAACCACCCCGUCAUCACCUGGUCAGGUCAAGAGGCGGAUCAGUUAUGUAUCAGCCAUGGGGGGACCACCCACUGAAGUUAGUAACGAUCGGUUUUCCUCCACACUCACACCCACGCGAUUCUCCCAGUCCUCUACACAACACAGAACACCACGUGGCUUUGAUAGUCUCCAGAGACCCAUCUCCACAGCAUCCUCCACCAGGAGACCACGGAGAGGCUCUGAAUCAAGCUCUGACAGGGCAGACAUUGAGAGAUUUGAAGAGGCCAAAGCAAUGUUGUUACAAGCAGCUCCUACUAAAGAGCCUCCUGUACAUCGGACCCGGAGUCAUGGGCCUGCACCUAUUAGAGGGCGUCCCGGGGGAGAGGGACUGGUUAGAACUGGCAGUGGACGACAAGUCGGACAGUCUUAUAAUGUGAAACAAUCUUUGUUGUAAUUGUGUUUUAAUAUCAUCACACUUAGUGUGUGUUUCUGUCACGCAUCUAAUGAGCACACCAUUUGCAAUUAAUGAAAAAAUUAAUCAAUCUUGAA